AUGGAUACUUCUGGUGCUUAUGGCGGCGGUAAGGCUGGUGGAGCUUUCGAUCCACAGGCAUUUAUUCAGAAGCCCACAGUAAUCGUCAGGGCGGUAUGUUGGCUGUUCAGCGUGAUUGUAAUGGGAUGUAUAUCAGACAAGGGCUGGUACGUCAAGAAGACUGAUAACGAGGAGUACUGUGUCUACAACGACGAUACUAACGCCUGCAAUUAUGGUGUCGGCAUAUCAGUUAUAGCGUUUAUAGCUUGCGUGGGUUUCAUCGUUGGGGAAUAUCUCUUUGAGCAGAUGUCGUCAGUGAAAACUAGGAAACAUUAUGUUCUUGCAGAUCUGGGCUUCUCUGGGUUCUGGGCUUUCCUGUACUUCGUGGGUUUCUGCUACUUGUCUAACGCCUGGGGCAAGACGGAAUUCCCGCCCAUGGGCACCGCUAACAACAUGCAAGGCGCUAUAGCUUUCUGUUUCUUCUCCAUUUUUGCUUGGGUGGCAUGUGCUUUCUUCGCGUUCCAACGGUUCCGAAUGGGUGCUGAAGCGGCGUUUGCUCCGGCCUACGAGGUAGAAGGCACUGUGGGUAGCCCGGGAGGAUUCCCUGCUUACCCGGGCGCGCCUGACCCCCAGCCCCCAUAUAGUGACCCCCCAUUCUCGCAGCAACAGUCUGGUAACGUCGAGUACACAGCCCCAACCUACUAA